GAUCUUGGAAAUGGUACAACUACCAGUAAUGAUGCUCUAGUGGACCAUGAAAAGAAAAAACCAAUAUCGCACUAUACCGAUGUUAUUGGUCUCAACCAUUUAUACGAUAAACAGAUGCAUAAUAAAUAA